UCUACCUCCAUGGCAGCCGGGGUGGUGAUGCACAUGUCUGCGAGCUGAACAACUUUUACUCCAGGAGAGAUAGGGAGGACUAACAGGCAAAAUGUCUCGCCAUAGAAAUGUUCGAGGUUACAAUUACGACGAAGAUUUCGAGGAUGAUGACAUGUAUGGUCAGUCUGUGGAGGAUGACUACUGUAUUUCCCCUGCAACAGCAAAUCAGUUCAUCUACUCACGCCGAGAGCUUCAAGCACCAAGGGAGGAGCCUUUAGAGGAGGAAGAAUGUGAAGAUGAGGAUGUUCCAAUGUCCCCUUGUGUUGACCUCAACAUUGACCCUCUUGAUCAAGCAAAGCUGUUCUCCUGUCUGGACCACAUGCGGGAAGUACUGGGAGAUGCAGUGCCAGACUCCGUCCUAACCCAGGCUGCCAUGAAGUAUGGAUUUGACCCACAGAAGGCACUGGACGCUGUGCUGUGUGAAGACACUAAAACAGCCCCGGAUACCAGAAGUGCAGCUGAAGAUCUGCCGGCAGUUGGCCGAGUUGUUCAGGAAAGGAUGCCUCUUCCACAGAGAAAUAAACAAGACGCCGUGCCUGAGAAAGGAGCCCAAAUAUUUCACACAGACAACAUAUCCAAGGCACAUACACCUAUCCAGCUGAGCACACUCAACAUACAGAGCCUUUUACUGCAACAUAAACCUGAGACGAUAAAGGACAGCUGCAGCAAGCAAAAUGUUAGCGCUGAAAACGAUCGUCAGGGCAUCAGCUGUGGCACCAGUUUGGCUCAACUCAUGUCUGAGCAUGAGCGGAAGAAUAAAUCAGUCGAUGAUACACGGAGAGGGUUGGAUGCUUACUCCUCAAACACUUUAUUAUCAUCCAUUUCGCCAUUGUCAGCUGCAGCUAAUCAUUUAUCACUUGGAACGCUGGCGUCUUUACCGAUGACUUCAGCACAACAAACAUCAACUCCCUCAAUUCUUUCUGCUUCACUCAGUAAUCUGUCAUUAAAAACUUCUAAUAAUAUUCCGACAAGCUCCACUCUAACUCCUCCCCCUGGCUUUGGAAGCCUUACUUCCGUCCUGAAAACCGGUCAGCUCUCGGUUGCAGAUCCUAAAGGAGGCCCGUCAUUGGCUGAGUUAAUCCAAGAACACUCAAACCGCAGUCCAAAUCUAAAUACCUCACUACUGACUUCGGGGGGUGGCUUAUCCUCCUUAGGCUGUCAGGGGAAUUCUACGCCCUCUCUAUCUGACCUUGCUUCACAACAUCAUAUAAGGAGGAUUCAUUCUGAAUCUCAAAUAAAUGGAAGACCUUUGCUCUCACAGUCGUCCCCUUCUCCGCUUGCCGGGACCGUCACAUUGUCAGAUCUAGCCCAGCGGCAUCAAACCAACAGUGCCUACACUUCUUUCCUGCCCGUCAGCACUGCAUCUCAAGCAAACACACUCAAACAACCACCUGGCCUCUCUGAGCUGCCUUCUUUGUCGCUUUUAGUAUCUGAACAUAAAGGUGAAACCUCAACCACCUCAAAUGGGUCACGAGGCACCCUCAGCUCCCUUGUGUCACCAGCAAAACCAGUGAGGGCUGAUGUGUUGGCAAAAAGCACUAAAGAGGGUGGAACUAAGCUCACACCUGACCACAAACCACCCCAGAAGGUGUUUAGGCCAUCUAGGCCGGUUCAGGCUAUUGAUCUGAGCACGCUUAUGGACCAGGCGACCGGAAUGAGCCCUCAUCAGCUCCAUGGCGACCUGCCCUCACCAUCGUCUCCAACUCCUCUUGGCUCUGGGCAAGAUUUGUCUGUUUUUGCCAAACCUUCAGUCUUUGCGAUCACUUUGUCAUUUCAAAGCCACAGACAACGUAGGAGGUUGAGAAAGUUACUGAAAGGAAAAACACAAGGGCAGAAGACAAAACGUAGUUAUCAGCCCUUCCUUCUUAAACCACAAAACAAAUCCAAAGAGCCAUUUCCGCCACUUUUUCCUGUUGUACCUUUCCGUUUUGAUUCUCCUUCACCCGAUGAUAUUGUUCGAGCAAAUCAAAGCAAAGCUUUUACACGAUAAACUCACGGAAAGACUUCAGGUGGUGCUACAGCAUCCUGUUUUUUAAUGCGUAUGAUUCGUUUUCAUUUUCUGUAUUAAUAAACAGUUUUUUAGUUGGAGAAAAAGAAUGAGCUAAAGAAGAUGUGGAAGGGUUGCUUCCAUUAGCUUUUUUAGAAUAUCGCCUAAUCAGAGCAGCUGGAGUUAAACAUUCGGGACCAAGAGGAUGAAAUACGUCACCUGAUCACUGCAAGACAAAGCUGUAUCAUUGAUUUCUAUUUUAUGGAAUUGUAUUAACAUAUGGAUGAAGAAUGUUAAAAAUACUGGCAGCUGAAUUCUUUUUUCUCCUCAAACUUUUUGUAGCCACUAAUUUUUUAAGACUUUUUAGAUAUUUUUCAGUAUUUUCUUUUGCCAGCUUUUCUUCAACGUUUCAAAAGUUGAAUCUUAGCUUCGUGUUCUUUGGAUGCCUGAUGAUUUUUUUUUUUUUUUUUUUUUUUACAUUUUUUCUAGGACUGCAAUAAGUUUGAUCAUAGCAAGAGAAACUAAAGCAACUCUUCUGGCAUUUUUUUCUAGCCUGCAUGAACUCUUGAGCGAGGGGAAAUAAGGGUUGGCUUUGUUUGCAGGUGUGCUGCAGCGAUUGGAAUAUGGAUCAGUUAACCAUUGUGCUGGUUUUACUGCUGCCUGCGUUUCGAGAUCAUGAGGUUGACUUUUUGGUUUAGGGGCCACCUGGAGAUUUUCCCAUAAGAGAACUAGAGUGCAGACACACAUGCAUACAAAAAAUAUUCAAACAGAAGACUGAAUGCUUUUAUGUCUUACAUAGUACACCGUAAAUAAUGGAUUUCAUUUGAAAUGCGAGCAUUAUAUGGCGCAAGUGUUUAUAAACAAAACAGAUUCCUUU